CACCUCGAUCGACCGACCGAACGCGUAGUUUUGACAGGUGUCGUCGAGGCCAGUCUGGAAAGAAAUCCGGAACGUACGGAUGCGCGCGUACGGAUCGAACGAGACAAUCCGGUGGAAAAAAUGUCGUUCUUGCAGAACGCGCUCAUCGGCAACCCGUUCUCGACGCCCGUCGGUAGCAAAAUAGAGCAAGCGACCGACGGCAGCCUCGCGUCGGAAAACUGGGCCCUGAACAUGGAGAUCUGCGACAUCAUCAACGAGACGGAGGAGGGCCCGAAGGACGCGAUCAGGGCGAUCCGGAAGCGGCUGUCGCAGAACGCGGGCAAAAAUUACACGGUCAUCAUGUACACGCUGACGAUCCUCGAGACGUGCGUGAAGAACUGCGGCAAGCGCUUCCACGCGCUCGCCUGCGGCAAAGAUUUCGUCCAGGAACUGGUCAAACUGCUGAGCCCCAAAAACGACCCGCCGACCGCCGUGCAAGAGAAGGUGCUCAGCCUGAUCCAGUCCUGGGCGGGCGCGUUCCAAAGCGACCCGGACCUCGCGGGCGUCGCCGCCGUCUACAAGGACCUCCUCGCCAAAGGCAUCGAGUUCCCGCCCACCGACUUGGACUCCAUGGCGCCGAUACACACGCCGCGGAAGAGCGUCGUAGGGGCGCCGCCCCCGGCGGAGCCGUCGUCGUCGCCGCCGCCGCCUGCGGCCGCGUCUCAGGGCGUGCUGACGCCCGAACAGAGGGCGAAGCUCCAGUCCGAGCUGGACGUGGUGCAGAGCAACAUGUGCGUACUGGGCGAGAUGCUGGGCGAGGCGGAGCCGGGACGCGAGCACCCCGACGAGGUGGCGCUCCUUAAGGAGUUGCGGGUCACGUGCGACGGCAUGCAGCGCCGCCUGGUGGACCUGAUCGGUAAGAUCGCCAACGACUCGCUGACGGAGGAGCUGCUGCGCAUCAAUGACGACAUGAACAACCUGUUCCUGCGCUACGGUCGGUGGGAGAAGAACAGGGGAGCGACGCCGUCGGCUCUAGUCGCCGCCGCCAUACCGCCGUCGACGUCCGCUAGGGCGACGCCCCCGGCGGCGGGCGACAGCCUGAUCGACUUCGACGACGACGUCGCGGACGCGGUAUCGAAGCUCGUGGUGGCGGAAGGGGGUGACGGACGGCGCGACGAAGAGUUCGACAUGUUCGCGCAGUCGCGGACCGCGACCUACGAGAGUUCCAAGCGGAGCGGUAGCACCUACAGGGACAACCUGGAGCCCGAUCAGGUGGCGGGCGGCCUCAGCAGCCUCGCGAACUCGCGACCCGCGGUAGAGGACCGGGAGUUUGACGAGAUGGCCAACUGGCUCGGGAGCACGAGCGGGCCCGAGGAGUCGGUGACGAGCAGCGACUUCGAGCGGUUCCUGGCGGAGAGAGCGGCCGCGGCGGACACGCUGCCGACGGUGACGGCGACGACGGGCUCGACAAACCCCAGCGAGGCGAGGAAGUCGGACAAGAAGCGGCCCGACCUGCUGACGUCGUAGGGGCGUGGCCCCCUACGGUUUGACCAAAGACGGACGGUUGUAAAUAGCGACAUAUAUUUUAUUACUGUUUAUAUUAUUAUUUGUUAGGUUAGAAUUGCCCCCUAUUGUAUCCCCCAGUUGAACAUUAUAUUACGGCGCACGCGCCGAAGCUA